CCUGAACUGUGCCAAGGAGUGAAGUACAACUUUAAAUCAGACAUCUGGGCCAUGGGCUGUGUCUUAUUUGAGCUGCUGACCCUCACCAGGACCUUUGAUGCCACCAAUCCUCUGAACCUGUGUGUGAAGAUCGUCCAGGGCAACUGGACCAUGGAGAUCAACUCGGACGUUUAUACGUCUGACCUCAUCAAGCUGGUGUACGAGUGUUUAGAUCAGGACCCUGAGAAAAGGCCGACGGCGGAGCAGAUUCUGGAGCAGCCCGUCAUCUCUCGUGUGAGAGCGGAGCUGGAGGGGAGGGUGGCGGCGCUUGAAUUCCAGCCAUCAGAAACCCAAGUUGAGCACGGUGACGGAGACGCCGGUGGCGGUGGUGACGACGCGCUCGAGGGAGGUGUAUUUCUGGGGCGGGGGGAAGUUCACUCCUCAGAAGCUGGACAUGUUUAAGGGGCGGCA